AUGUAUCUCAAGGUAAAGUUGAAUUGGAACGUGGUGAUACCUGCUAGGAAUCUUGACCUUAACGGGUUGAUGUUGCAGAAGGCGAUAUUGGUUCGCCUUCUGGACACUUUUGCGGCCAAGAAAGCAACCAAGGAUCUUGGAUACCUUGUGGCUAUAACCACUUUGGACAAAAUUGGAGAAGGCAAGGUUCGAGAGCACUCAGGUGAUGUGUUGUUUCCGGUUGAGUUCACAUGCUUGAGCUUCAAGGUGUUUCGGGGAGAGGUGAUAGAAGGGGUGGUACACAAGAUUCUAAAGCAUGGGAUUUUCAUGAGGUGUGGGCCCAUCGAGUACCUUUAUCUCUCGAACAAAAAAAUGAGUGAUUACCAAUAUCACUCUUUAGAAAACCCGUGUUUUUUGAACGAACAGACAGGUUCAAGAAUCGUGAAGGAUGCGAGUGUGCGGUGCAUUGUGAUUGGGGUCAAGUAUAUGGAGGCUCAGAAGGAGUUUCAAGCUGUCGUUGGCUUGGAAGGCGAUUAUUUGGGUCCUAUUUAA